AUGCUUGAAGGUAAAUUCGACGAAGCUUCCUUGUUGAAGAAGAUUAUUGACGCGAUCAAGGACUGUGUCCAGUUGUGUAACUUUAACUGUACCGAAAAGGGUAUCACUUUGCAGGCCGUUGAUGACUCCCGUGUCCUUUUGGUUUCCUUGUUGAUCGGUGAAGAAGCCUUUACCGACUACAGAUGUGACCGCAACAUCACCCUUGGUGUCGACUUGAGCUCGUUCAGUAAGAUGAUCAAGUGCGGUAACAACGAGGACUUUUUGACCUUGAUCGCUGAAGACUCUCCAGACACCGUGCUCGUUGUGUUUGAGGACAAGAACAGAGAACGUAUUUCUGAGUACUCCUUGAAGUUGAUGGACAUCGAUAAUGAAUUCUUGAAGAUUGAUGACAUGGACUACGACUCUGUCAUCACCAUGCCAGCCGGUGAGUUUGCCAAGAUUGUCCGUGACUUGAAGAACUUGUCUGAAUCCUUGGGGAUCUUGGUCACCAAGGACACCGUCAAGUUCCUCAGUGAGGGUGACAUCGGGAGUGGUUCCGUGGUUGUCAAGCCAUUCACCGACUUGGAGAAGCCAGAAAACUCCGUCAAGGUUUCCUUAAAAAAGCCGGUCAACUUGACCUUCGGGUUGAAGUACUUGAGUGACAUCAUCAAGGCCACCAAUUUGGCCGAAAGCGUCACCAUCAAGAUCGCCGACAAGGUCCCAGCUUUGUUCGAGUACAAGUUGCCAUCCGGUUACUUGAGAUUCUACUUGGCUCCAAAGUUUGACGAAGAAGAGUAA